GCUGUCCAACGUAGAUGAAAUGGAUUCCUGCAAUGUUAGAGGUAGAGGGAGAUAAUGCAUGAUGGGGGGCAGAAUACCAUGAAUACUACCCAGCCUUCAGUUGACCAACUCAGAGAGAUGGCUGGUCGUCAGCAGCAGCAGAUUGAUCAGCAGCAGCAGCUCCUGGUUGCUAAGGAGCAGCGCCUCAAAUAUUUAAAGCAGCAGGAGUUUCAGCAGCAUCAUAUGUCAACAGAAUACGAAAAAUUAAGAAGGCUACGUGAGAAGGUUGAAUCCCAGGAACUAAAGUUGCGUAAACUGCGUGCUAUGCGUGGACAGACCGAGCUCAUCAGUAAAACUAACAACAAUAGCCUGACAAACGACCUGGAGUCCAUCAGGAGGGUCUUCAAUGAGAAGGAAAAGGAGCUCGCCAUGGCCGUCACCAAGGUUGAUGAUUUGACCCGUCAGCUCGAGGAGUUAAGAACUGGUAAACUCAACUAUAAUUACCCGCCACAGGUCGUCGAACUAGAGAAACUUCGUCGCGAGCUCGCGUAUAGGCGUCAACUGAACGAGCAGCAAAACAACAUGAUCUCUCAGCAGCGCGCGCAGCUAUCUAGCGGUCAGGAAGAGAUGGCGCGGAUCGAUAGACGAAUUGCGGAGCUUCAGGAUCGGUUGACUCGCAAGCGAAUGAUGAACCAGCAGCUCGCAAAUCAAAUAAAUGCGGCAACAAGCGCCAAGCAGGCGCAGCUUCGAGCUAUCCAGGCCGGCCUUGUAAACAAAAACAAGACUAAACCGGUUUCAACUGUGGAACCGUUCCAGCGCACAAUGAACCAACAACAGAUGGAUAAUCAUCAUGUAAGUGCAGAGGAUCUUAAACCUAACCUAAGCCUGGAGAACUUGGAAAACAAGAAUAUAGAUCCUAAAUAUCAGACUCUGCCCUACAAUACUAAGUUCAGCCAGCUCAAUAACGCCAAAGCGCAGAAGAUUGAGCAGCUGAAACUUGAGAAGGAGAACAAUAAUAUCGGGUUCUCUGAGGCACUGCCCCGGCCUCCACCCCAGGUCUACGGGCCCAGGGGCACGGAUUACCAGGGAAACUACGGCCAAGGUAUAGGGGUUGUUGCGCCCCUGCCACAAACAGAUAAUGCCAUAUCUAGCGGAGGUCCCAGUUCUAAACCUGUUUCCUCUGUUGCGCCAGUAUUCACCAACUCUAACAGAAAUAUGUUCAGUCCCACCUCCUCGAAUAGUAUAAACCCGUCUACGCCAACCCUCUCAUCUACGCCCGUAUCCGCUGGUUAUGACAGAUCAGGACAAGAUUCGCCAACUAAAUUACGACCGGCGUUACCGCCUAAACCGGUAAUGGCGGCUGGCGGGUCAGAGAAUGCUUCUGGACCGGUGCAUGGAGAUGAAGGAACAAGUGUAGAUGAUGAAGAUCUACCGCCACCUCCUCCGACCACGGAACCUCCGUCGGAUUCUCCGACUCCGGAAAGUCUUCAUCUCAACGGAGGAAACCGGGAUCUUUCCAUAUCUGUCUCCCAGACAACAAAUAUGGACGGCUCCGGAUUAAUGGUAUCCACUGCAACUAGUAUUGACUCCGGCGUACAUGUUUCCAUGAACAGAAGGAUUGAAAUGCCGCCUGCCUUCCACUUCCCAGAGGACGAAGCUCCACCCAGUGAUCUCAUCUCUGGGGCCGAGUACCCAAUGCUUCCGAGGGACGUGACGGACAACGCGGCGAUGUUCCCAAUGGUGAACCAGAUAUACAAGGAGUUCCAGGACCUCGGGUUCGAGGAGAAGGAACAAUUGUUUUCCCGGAGCCCAGAAGAAUCGGAUGAAUACUCAACCGAAACUGUUCCAGAGUUUGAAAACGAUCCAGUAACCAGUGCUCAGAGUAAGGGGUAUAAGAGUAUCAUUGAGAAGUCUAAAGCCGGAAAUGUCAAGAUCACCGGAAAGACCCGACACAACAGGAAGGUUAGCUUCGAUCCGCUUGCUCUUCUUCUUGAUGCAUCCUUGGAGGGAGAACUUGAUCUUGUUAAGAAAACUGCUUCUGAAGUAUCCGACCCUAGCGCAGCUAACGACGAAGGUAUUACUGCGCUCCACAAUGCAAUCUGUGCCGGACACCUGGAGAUUGUUCAGUUCUUGGUUUUGUUUGGAUGUGAUGUAAAUGCCCAAGACUCGGACGGAUGGACACCACUUCACUGCGCUGCGUCCUGCAACAACCUUGCUAUGGUUAGGUUCUUGGUGGAGCACGGAGCAUGCAUUUUUGCGACAACACUCUCCGAUCACGAGACAGCUGCGGAGAAAUGCGAGGAGGACGAGGAAGGGUUCGACGGUUGCUCCGAGUAUCUUUAUCAUAUCCAGGAGAAACUUGGAAUUAUCAACGACGGUGUUGUCUAUGCUGUCUACACCUACGACGCUAUGAACAAAGACGAGCUCUCGUUCCGUGACACAGACCGGAUGAUUGUGCUGAGGAAGGGGGAUGAGGUGGAGAAGGAAUGGUGGUGGUCUAGGAUGGACCUAGAGGAAGGAAGAGAAGGGUAUAUUCCUAGAAACCUACUAGGUUUGUAUCCUAGAGUUCUACCAGGUUCUAACCAACCCAUGGAGGAAUAGUUGCCAAUCUUUGAAAACAAAUCCUCGAAAAUCCAUGACUCAGUAAACACCUUUGUACAGUCUGUACUGUACUGCUCCACUGUUUAUGUACCAUAUUCUUUAGGCUGAAACCAGUCUUAAGCUCAAAGAAAAUGCGGGAGAAAAGAUUUUGAGAUUUUGCCGUCAUAUUUUUAUGACUGUAAGUUUUAAAAAAUGCUUAUCCCUGCUUUUUCAUCGGAGCAAGCUCGGAUUUAUAAAAUAUAUCUGAACAUAUCUCUUAGUCCUCUAUUGUGCAUAUUUGUUCGCCAUUUAGUUAUUGUUAAUGUAUUAAUUUACUCGUUUUUCUACUUUUGUAUUAUUUUAUUUCUCUUUUGAACUCUUAUAUUGUUAUUUUUCUUCGUUUUUAAUGCUCAUAAAUGCAUUUUCACAUUGUGAUCCAUUCAACCCCAGAGCAUAAACAUAAAAUAAUGUUUCCCCUAGUUUUUCAGUCAAAUUCUAUAAGAAUUUUUAAUAAUUUGGAGACUUACAAUUUUCAACAUAAAAAUGAUUUUCUCUUAGAUUCAGGAAUUUCAGUUUUUUUUUAUUUGAAAAGAAUAUAACUUCUCCUAUUUGGGCCCUCUGUAUUGAUAUUUUAGACUAAAUUAAACGUAUAAAAAAAGCAACGAACCCCUGUUACUCUUGAAAUAUGAUCUAAUUAAUAUGACCUUUUUGUACAUGACAAACACGAUGUAAUUUUCAUUAUUAUCUGUUCAUAUUCUUUGUACAACUCAUUAGUACAUGUAGUUUACAAAUGACGCCUAUGAAAUGUACCCUAAAUUUUGAAAUAUACUAUUAUAUAAUCUCAAAUAAACGAUUUGUAAAUAUUUUGUUAUAAUUUCAGA